CGGACAAAAUAAUCAAAAUCAUGCUAUUUCGUGCACACUACACAGGUAAGUUCCUUCUCGGGAUCAUAGGGUGGACACCGAAUCCCGUUGCACACAGCUUCCACAUGGAAGAAGAGGGCGCCGUUAGAGUUCCUUGCUUCACCGUUUAGGAACUCCGGAUUUCUAUCGAGGCAUUUCGCGGAUUGUCGGCCCCCGCUACCCCCGUAGCCGGACACAAGAUAUCCGUCAUACUCCUCUGUCCACGUCGUAGGGCACGAGCGGCGAGCGGGGAUCAUGAUUGAGCUGGCCCUUGAGGUAGCGUGACAGACGGCGCACGGGACAUUUUGGUCACGAGCUUCGUCUAGAGGCGAGCCGUCGAACGUCUCGUACUCGACCCCAUGCAGCGUAGAGUAGCGUUGUGCUCCUGACUGGAAUUCUUCCUCGUACUCGGGUUCCUCGGGUAAACAAAGAAUAUCGCUAGUUCCCCCGGAGCUGCUCCAAUGACUACCAACAGCUCUGCCAGCGUAAACAAGUUCGGUUCCUGCGAUGGAGGGACACGUCGAGUUUCCCCAUCUGACGUCCAGGAAACCCAGGCGUGCCUCGCUCACCGGGUAGGCCUGGACGACCUGCAGGUCCGUCCCUCCCUGGUAAUCCCGGAGCCCCCUGUGGCCCUUCAUCUCCUGGGAAUCCGGCUGGUCCUGGUGCACCGGGCGCGCCCUGAGGGCCCGCAACGACGAUGGAUCCAUUGGGAAGUUGAACUGGUUGUGCUCCGGGGGGUCCAGGCGGUCCAGAAGGUCCAACCGGACCUCGAUCACCCGGUACUCCGCGGUCUCCCGGUGCCCCUGUGGGCCCCGUUAGGCCAGGUUCUCCAGCCGCUCCUUUUUCCCCAGGAGGUCCUGCAGGUCCGGAAGGCCCAGGUUGGCCUUGAGCACCGGGGAGACCGACUGGGCCAGGAGGUCCCGGUGGUGCCUGCCGCUUUCCAACACGGUCUACAUGCAGUGAUGCAGCUUCCACUAGUAGUACAGUACUAGUAAUAGCGAACACAGCGACGAGAAGUAGCAACUUGAC